AUGGAUAAUAGGUUUGUCAAUUGGGAUUAUUACACAAGUGCCACUAUAGAAGGAAGACUUUUGAUUGUUUGGAGAAAAGGCUAUGUUCGAACAUUAGUUAUUGCUGAAUCUCCUCAAUUGGUUCACUGUUUCAUUCAAAUGUUAGGAUGUGAAGAAGCUUUUUGUGCUACGUUCAUCUAUGGGUACAACACUUCUGAGGAAAGGAAGUCUCUGUGGGCAGAUCUGACCAAAUUAAAAUUUCCUGUUAAGUCGUGGCUUAUAUUGGGAGAUUUUAAUGAUGUGUUUAAAAUUGAAGAUAGAGUGGGUGGAAAUCCUAUUACGCUCAGUGAUACGAGUGAUCCUUGCCAGUGGUUAAUGUCAGCACUUGUUGAUUCUAUUCCUUUCAAUGGAUCAAAGUACACUUGGUCAAAUAACCAGGAUGGGCAGAGUCGCAUAUAUUCGAAGAUUGACCAUGCCUUUGCCAAUGAGUAUUGGUUUGAUUGUUUUCCCAAUUCAAAAGCACUUUUUAGUUGGGAAACUAUUUCAGACCAUUGCUCUUGCACUAUAACUACUAUGGUGUCCAACAAAAUUGGGUAUGUGCCUUUCAGAUAUUAUAACUUUUGGUCUAAUCAUGCUGAUUUUAAAGCUACAGCUCUCCAAAAUUGGAAGAAGCCUAUGGUAGCCAGGGGUAUGCUUGCUAUUUAUCUUAAGCUCAUGCGUCUAAAGCACUGUCUCACGAUCUUCAAUAGGGACACUAUAGGAGAUAUUGGGAAGACUUACCAAGCAGCUAAAUAUGAGUUCCUUGACUCCAAGCUUCUUGCUCAGGCCCAUCCGAAGGACCCAACCUUUCUUGAAAAAGAAAAGCAAGCAGCAGUUAUGUUUUUGAACCAAGAGAAGAUGUACCACAGUUUCUUGCGGCAAAGGAGUAAGAUUUCUUGGCUCCAUAAAGGUGAUGAGAAUACUUCCUUCUUUCAUGCUUGUUUGAAAAAAAGGAAAAUGGAGAAUAGAAUCCUUUCUUAUACUACUGAGCAGGGUGUUAUUAUUGACUACUUUCCCAAAGUGGUUGAUCAUUUUGUUUCUCAUUUUCGAAGCUACAUGGGCAGUAGAAGCUUAGCCGAUACUAAGCUGAACUUAGCUUGCAUUGAUCAGGGGCCCCGGCUAGAUCUAAAGCAGUAG